CACUCUGAACCCCACCCUUUAACCCGGACACGUCACUGCCUAGUGACAAGAUGGCCGCCGAGAGGGUGGAUUUGGAUUUUGGGGAUCGCGAGUUGUUUGAGGAGUUUGAAGAUUCAAAACCUUCUCACAUCCGCUUUAAUGACUUGGAAGAUGCGGGCGAAGCAGAGGCAAUGAGGGAGAAACUACUGGAAUUCGAGGAGAGAAUAGGUUACCUGAAGGCGGAGAAUGCAGAACUGAAGAGGAAGUUGAACUUAUUGACACAGCCAAGUAAAAUAGUUGUGAGUGACUCCAAAACAGAUGGCCCAAUGGUUCAGAUCUUGUUUAUGAACAACAAUAUUUCAAAACAGUUUCAUCAAGAAAUUGAAGACUUCAUUACAAGUUUAGUUGGAAGAUAUGAAAAAGAUAUGCAAAGUGACCCUGAAAAAACAUCCUUUAAUGUGAAACCUCAGCCAUCCAGUGUGCUGCUAGAGGAGCACCUGAAAGUGAAAACAUCAAAUGCAGUAAAGAAGAUCAAAGAAGCAUUUCAUGUUGUGGGAAGCGUUCAAUACUUCACCAACUUUUGCCUUGACAAACUCGGACAGCCAUUGCUAAAUGAGAAUCCACAGCUGACAAAUGGAUGGGAAAUACCCAAAUAUCAACAAGUCUUUGCCCAAGUUGUGUCCUUAGAGGGUCAAGAAGUGGAAUUGAAAGCUAAGAGGCCGAAACCUUGUUGUUUCAACUGUGGUUCAACAGAACAUCAGUUAAAGGAUUGUCCAAAGCCACGUGAUCUUGCUCGUAUUAGUGAAAAGAGAAAAGAGUUCAUGACAAUGGCUAGUGAUUCACCUCAUUCAGGUUCUCAACAGCGAUAUCAUGCAGAGAGGUUUGAAAAGUUCAAGCCAGGUGUUCUCAGUGUAGAACUUAAAGAAGCUCUGGGGAUGACUGAUGAAACUCUGCCACCAUUUAUAUAUCGGAUGCGUCAGCUGGGUUAUCCACCAGGAUGGCUGCUGGAGACCCAACAAGAGAAUUCUGGACUUGCUUUAUAUGAUGGAAAAGAUUCUAGCGACAGUGAAACAGAACAUGACAAACAACAUCUAAAAUCUCGCCUUCCAUCCUACGAUACAAGCAAACUCAUUGAUUAUGCAGGAUUCAAUACUGUUAUUCCAAAAGGGAUUCAGGAUGAAUGGAGACAGUAUGGUUCAAUUCCAAUGCAAGCUCAUCAUCUAAAGGAAUAUUUUGCACAUCAGUUGGCUGCUGAUUAUCCCAUGACUAAACACAGUGCAAACAAAAGGGGUUCAGAUGCUGACUCAAGCCUGAGAAGUGUAAAGAAGCGCAAGUCUGAAGAAAUAGAUAUAAAUUCUUUUGACAUGGAAAUAGAUUCAGAAUGCCUGAGGAAAGGCACCAUCAUCAACAAGGGCGCAAAAGAGGAAACCAGAAAGUGUCAAUCUGUUUCACUGCUUCCCGUGGACUACAAAGUUUUAUCCAAGGACCUCGCCAGUCAGGUCAAGUCUGCUCUGGAUCAGACCUGCACUUUGCCCAGCAGAAGUCUGGUAGCUUUGUGCUUUAUAGAUUUAGCUUUGCAUAUGCUUGCUGGGAAUUGGCAUCAACUUUAGCAGAUUAGGCUAAGAGCAGGCCUUUGACAAGAUAUCAUUGUAUUUUCAGUGUAGUAUUGGAAAGGAAUCUGCAUUUCGCUUCCAACUGUUGUACACACUGCAAGAGUGCAGUUUCAAUCUAUGGGCAGGAAUUGGAAACCCUUGCAAUUAAAUCUGUGUUGGGCAGGCAGGUGGUGAUGGCUUAGUGGCAUUAUCGUUAGACUAAAAAUCUGGAGACCCAGGUAAUGACCUUGGUUUGAAUCCCAUUAUGGAAAAUGGUGGAAUUUGAAUUAAAUAAAAAUCUGGAAGUCCCCUGGUGACCAUGAAACCAUUAUUGAUUUGACGUGGAAACCCUAUCUGGUUCAUUAAUGUCCUCCUUGGGACACAAGCUGCUAUCCUUGCCUGGACUGGCCUACAUCUGACUCCAGACCACAGCAAUUUGGUUGACUCUCUAAUUUCCCAUUCUUAACAGAUUUAUGUUAGCCGAGGUGUGAUGCCCACAUCCUGUGAAUGAAUAAUAAAUGUAUACUUUGGGUAUGCUGUCCCCUCCGUUCUUGCCUGUUGUUUUGUCUUGAACAUUUUUGUCCAGUCCAUCAGAAAAAAAAAAUGCAACUGAAGAUGGCUCAAGGAACAGCUUGAACAAAGCUCCCCUGCAAGCAUUAUGAAGUCUAUAAAUCUGUUAAGUCCAAGCUGGCCUUGGCUCAAAAUGAAUUACACCCAGAGUGAAGUCAUGUCCUUUAGAAACUGAGUUAGCAAAUGUCCCUUUCAUCUUCAGGCCAGAGUACCUAAAAGUGCUGAGGUAUGGUUUGGAGGGGCAAGGAUGUGCACUUAACACUGAAAGGAGCAUGUUAUUAUGGCCACUGUGGAAUUGACACACACCCUGUCCACAGUGUAUAUAAAUCUCGUAGUCAGGUUAUUCUACAUAGUGCAGCUCUCACCCUUGCAUCACUUGAACUCGCCAAACAAGUACCAAGAAAUAGCUUGGCUGGAAAUAAAGGCUCUCUCUUUGAUGUUUAUUGCUCAUCUUUUCUAAGGAAGGAUGCAGAUGUUUUACAGGUAGUUCAGAGAAGGUUUACUAGACUAAUACUUGAAAUAGAUGCUUGUCUUCUGAGGAAAGUUUGGAUAGACUAGAUUUGUGGUGCUAUUGAAGUUUAGAAGAGUAAAUGACUUAAUGGAAACAGAAGAUCCUUAAGUUCUGAGGGGCUGGAUGUGAGAAGGAUGUUUCUUUUGGGAGAAUCCAGAACUAGGAAUCAAUCUUUUUUUCAGAAAAGCAGGGGCUGCCAACUGAAAAUAUAUCAAGCAAUUUUUGAUCCCUGGGUUUGAGUUUUUAAGAACGCACUUCCUGAAAAGUUAGUAGAAGCAAAUUCCUUCAGUAUUUCUAAGACAUUUUUGUUUCUACAGCAUUCUGAAUAUACUUUGUAAAAAAAAAUUAGUGGAAACAGAGACCUUUAAAAUAUUCUAGGCAGUAAGGAAGUGACUGCUGCCUAUCUCUUUCGGGAAUCUGCCCCUUCAGAACAAGUCUAGAAAUGUAUGCUUAUUUUUUUCUUUUUACCAAAGUUCAUCUGGAGCAACUGUGCAAGUGGUGUUCCCAGAUCUACAUUUCUGAUGUAAGUAUCAGCUGCUGCUGGAGGAUCAUCAAGGUGGUAUAGUGUGUUCUGUGGUUAGCUGAAAAUUCAGUAAUCUUCUAGUUCAAACAGCUGUUCGAUAAUAGUGUUAUAAGUACAUAUAUUCCAAGGCUUUGGCAUAAACUUGACAAAAUUAUGGCAAAGACAAGAUCCUUCUGAAGAAGUCUAGGCCCGAAACGUCAGCCUUCCUGCCCUUUGAUGCUGCUUGGCCUGCUGUGUUCAUCCAGCUCCACACCUUGUUAUCUCAGAUCCUCCAGCAUCUGCAGUUCCUACUAUCUCAUAAAUAUAAAUGUUUGUUUACAUAACAGGCUAUACAUAGUGUAGUGAGACACCUUGUACUGUGAAAACAAUGAUCUUGCAUUUAAAGUAAUAUUAAAUUUGAAUGAUUAAUGCAAGUACUACUUUAUUCAUAAAAAUUGUAUACUUUUGGGGGAAAAAAGUGUUUUUGGAUGAAGAUACCCUGAGGAAUGAAGCAUGCUGCAUAAUGACAAAAAAAACUGCCUGCCCUUGGAAAACAUUGCACCCCAUUUUGCAAUAUCACGCAAAGUCCACUGUCCUGUCAAUUAAAUCAUGCAUGAAUCAUUACGAAUCAUUUUAAAUAAUUGAGGUCUAUGGGCAGCCAAACCAUUUUUUCUGUCUUUCGUACAUAAAUUUGAUUUUCAACUUUGUGUAAAUGAUUAACCAUCAAACAAAAUAUUUUAAGAAUGGGUCAUGUCAUAAAUUUUGUGAUUUGUAGUUCUACCAUUGACAAAAAGAAAAUCAGAAAACACGACAGUGAGAUGAUUAAAGCUGUCAAAAAAUUGUAGAUAAGUGCCAUCUUGGUAUACUUAAAAGUCUGAUCACAACAUUAGCGCUAUUGAACAAGCGUGGGCAGUGAAUUCUCCAUUUGAGAGUCAGGGCUGCUUUUUUUUCUGUUCAUACUGGGUUUGAUAGUAGUAUGUAAAUAGUGGAGAUUUAGGGUCAAUUAUUGUUAUAGUAUGGCGAGGAUAAUCCAAGGCCAUACGUGGUAAUGUUAAAUUGUCAUGGUAGUGAAUUAUUAUUUACAUGGUCAUAAUCAUUUAAAUCAUUAAUAAUUUGUAACAUAAUCAGUGUUCUCCAUCUAAGUAUAAAACACAUACACUAGCUUAUAAAAUAUUCAUUUAUCAGAACUUCGCUCCUGGGCUUCUAUUUCUCAUUUUCCAAUAAUGUCGCAGGAUUGUUGUUACAUUA